UAGUUUCUUUCAAAAAAACUCGAUCGUCUUCGUCUUUUCCUUUUAUAUUACGUGCAAUCAUCUUGCCCUUUAUAUACCUUGCUCUCUCCCCCUCUCAUCCUCCAUGAACAACGCCAAAACAUACCUGUAGAUCAUCUCUCUCUCUCUGCUAUCAAACCAGAAUUAAAACCCUGUCUCUCAUGAGCCAACCAAUAGUAAUGGAAAUGGAACCAAGUCCACCAAUGGUGGCCAAGAAGUUGUGGAACAUGGUUCGAGUCGUGCUCUUCAUGCUAAGAAAAGGCAUAUGCAAGAGCAAGAUAAUGGGGGACCUCCAUACGAUACUCAAGCGCGGCAAGCUCGCGGGCAAGGCCAUAGCCGACAACCUCACCCUCCACGACCACUUCUCUGCCUUGAGCUGCCGUUCCAGCGACUCGCUUGCCUUCGUAUCCCCGCGCGAAUACGAGUUCAGCUGCAGCAACAGCCCCGCCUAUCAUCACCGCCCAGCCAUCUUCCAUUUCAACAAGCGCAAUAAGCACCACCACUUCUUUUCCGCCGCCUCCAAGUCCGCCUAUCGCUACGACGACGUCACCACCGCCACUGCAUUUCAGAAGGUGCUUGAGAUGCUGAACAAUCACGACAACACGGCUCCGCCGGUGGAGGCAUCGCCGCUGGUGACGUUACCUGGGUUCGGAAGGAGUCCGAUGGUGCGACAGCUGAGAGUAACAGACUCGCCAUUUCCGUUGAAAGAAGACGGAGAUGUUCAUAGCGGCCAAGUGGAUAAGGCUGCGGAGGAAUUCAUCAAGAACUUUUACAAAGACCUCACGUUGCAGAAAAGAAAGACUGCCGGCCUCGAAUCACCGUACCGUGACAUGAUGUGGGGUCGAUGAAGAAAUCAAUCAUUAAUCUUCGCAACAGUGCUAGCGCAUUGCGAUCAUAUCUCGCCAGGUCGAUCGAGUUUCAUCAUCAUGUACUACUACUACUGUGAUCAAUUUCUCAACAUGAGCUAAUGCAUCGAUUUUCUGCAAUUUGCAAAUGACUUCAGAGUCACAUGAUAAUUAAUUUCCUUCA